AUGCGGCGGGAGACCUUCUCCCGGCACGAUGGCUUCUUCGCCUCACUUCAGCGGGUGGAGGGCCGGCUGGCCUCCGAGAAGCAUCAGGAGCGGAAGCAGGUGACACGGCUGCGAGACGGCGACACGGGCGGGUGCGACUGCAGCGGCGCUGACGGGUUCCUGGCCAAGGUCGUCGGCGUGGCCGGGCCCAAGUGCGACGGGGAGAAGUGGAGGUUGGACGCCUGGAUCCGCCAUUAUUGCCACCGCGGGGAAGGCGGCGGGUGCCGGGUCAGGGAGCCCGCGAGGCUGGCGCACCUGCUGCUCGCCAGAGCCUCCAGCGACGCGGCGGCCGUCGCUUCCCCGGCCACCGUGGAGAACUUCCUCGACCGCGAUCCAAAAUGUCGAUCCGGGAGUUUUGCAAUAUACCCCCUGAUUAGGAUCGCCAUUAAUAGUCGCGAUCCAAAAUAG